GACACUCGGUCGCUUUCUUAUGACUCAUAUGUCUCUUCUUUACCAGGAAGUACGGUAAAGAGGAACCACACCCCCUUUUCCAUAGCUGCUUUCUGAUUGGGUUAUUCCCAUCACGUGAUCCAGAAGUGAAAGGAUUCUGUUUUUUUCCGGAGGUGAACCUGAAGCCAUCAUCAUGCAGAGCACAGCCAACUACCUGUGGCUCAUCUCAGACCUGCUGGGCCAGGGAGCUACAGCUAACGUCUACCGUGGCAGACACAAGAAAACGGGGGACCUAUAUGCUGUGAAGGUGUUCAACAACCUCAGUUUCCUGCGACCACUCGACGUCCAAAUGAGAGAGUUUGAGGUCCUGAAGAAACUCAACCAUAAGAACAUCGUCAAGCUGUUCGCUGUGGAGGAGGAG